UGUUUGACAUAAAAUUAAAAAAAGUAAAGGAGGGGGACAGACACGACGACGAGGCAAUAUUCACUAGAGAACUACUUUUAUUCCCUAUAAAAAUUUACAUACGUCCGAAGUCUGCUUUUCACAUGAUAGAAAUCAUAAAACACACGAAAAUUAAACAUUACAUUACAGAUAUUGUGACUUAAUAGAUUAAGUACCACGACAACAUGGGGAAAGCAAAAAAAGGAAAGAAGAACCUGGCUGCAGAUGAUGGUAGCAGCGAUGUGGAAACAACCAACAUAGAUACUGUAAAGCCGGCGCCUACUAAAGGAAAGAAAAUCAGUGUUGAAUCAGAUGAGAGUGAUAACGAAAAACCGCAAACUAAAUCCAAAGCUAAGAAAGUUGUAGAAACUGAUGUUAAGGAAGUCACAAAAAACAUUAAGAAUGUAUCCAUUUCUAAUAAGACUCAAAAAAAGAAACAAGGUGUCAGUAGUGAAGAUGAGUCAGAUGAGGAGGUAGAGCAAAAGCCUAAGAAAAACAAGAAAAAAGAGGAAAAAAGUGCAUUUUCUUUGUUGGCCAUUGAAGAUUCAGGAGAAUCAGCCCCUGAAGCACCUCCCUCUUCAGAUGAUGAAAAACCAAUACAGAAACAACAAAAGAAACCUGCACAGGAGAAAAAAGAACCUGCUGGCAAAAAAGGAAAAAAAGCAAAGAGAAAGAAAGAUGAUAGUGAUGAGGAUAUAGAAAAAGUUCUAGCUGAACUUGAAAUGGAAUAUGCUGGAGUUAAAACAGAACCAACACCUGCUCCAGUAGAGGUAAAACCACAAGAGGAUGUUGAAGAUAAAUCUAAAAACAAGAAAAAAGGUAAAAAAGAUGAACUAGGUAGUAAAACAGAAGAAACAGGUGUAGAAGAAAAAGAUAGUGAUAAUGAAAAUGAUAUAACAAUUAAAACUGCUGCUCAGAAGAAGAAAGAAAAGAAAGAACGUGAGAAGUUGAAAAAACAAGAAGCUAAAAAGAAAGAGCAGGAUCCUAAGAAAGAUGUUAAUGAUAGUAAAGCGCCUGUGAAAACCCCUGAGGCUAAAGCAGAUGUUAAGUCAACAGAAAAUCAGGUUGUUAAUGAAGAACCAAAGGUAACUGCAGAGGAAAAAGAUAAAGAUGCUGAGGGAGAUGCUCCUGUAACUGAAGGAAAGAAAAAGAAAAAAGGUGAUAAGGCUGAAAAAGAUGACAAAGCUAAAAAAGGUCCCACAAAAAAAACUAUUGCAGCAAUGCAAGAAGCACUGAAAAAGGUAAAGGAAGAAGAGGAAAGGCUCAAAAAAGAAGAGGAAGAAAGGAUAAGACAAGAGGAAGAACGAGAGCGCCAAAGACUUGAAGCUAUAAGACUAGAAAAAGAGCGCAAGGAAAGGAAAAAGCAAAAAGAAAAGGAGAGAAAAGAAAGACUUAAAGCUGAAGGCAAGCUAUUGACCCCAAAGCAAAAAGCUGAAAAGGCAAGGGCUCAAGCUAUGUUGGAAUCUUUGAAAGCACAAGGAAUUGAAAUAGGAUCUACAGAAAAGCGACCUCCUAGGCUAGGAACUAGAAUUAAGCCACAGAAAUUGAAAACUCAAAUGUCUCAAGAAACACCUACUACUCCUGCAGAGGAAAAGAAGUUUGACUUGGAUGUUACACAGAAAAAGGAAGAGCCUCAAAAAUCUGAAGAAAAGAAGGAAGAGAGUGAUUUGAUCAAAGACUCGUGGGAUGCGGAGUCUUCUGAAGAAGAAAUUGAAGAACCUGCCAAGCCUGAACCCGCGCCGGCGCAAACUGCAAGUCCUGCUAAAGAGCCUGUAAAGACAAAACAAGAUAAACAGAAAAUGAAACAAGAUGAAGAAAGUUCAGAAGAAGAUGAAGAAAGCUCCGAAGAGGAUUCAAGUUCAGAAGAAGAUAGUGAAGAUGAUCAAAUGACUGAUGCACAAAAAAAGAGGGAGCUUGUCCUCAAGAGAUUAGAAAAACGUCGUGAAGAGAAUGAACAAAACAAAGUGAACAAUCCUCUCCGUGCGGCUGUGGUGUGUGUACUAGGUCAUGUAGACACCGGGAAGACCAAGAUCCUGGACAAGCUGCGACGCACCAAUGUUCAGGACGGAGAAGCGGGUGGUAUCACCCAACAGAUUGGUGCCACCAAUGUACCCAUUGAGAAUAUUAAAGAACAAACAAAGCAUGUUAAAGGGGUGAAUGAAAUAGCAUUCAAGUUGCCCGGUCUACUCAUUAUUGACACCCCUGGCCACGAAUCGUUCAGUAAUCUUAGAAAUCGAGGCUCGUCAUUAUGUGAUAUCGCAAUUCUGGUAGUGGAUAUUAUGCAUGGUCUGGAACCUCAGACGAUAGAAUCCAUAAAUCUGCUAAAGCAGAAGAAAACACCAUUCAUUGUAGCUUUGAACAAGAUCGAUCGUCUUUACGACUGGCAGAGCUCACAGCGUAAGGACGUGCGAGAUAUACUCAAGUUGCAGCAGCCCAACACUCAGCUGGAGUUUGAUAAGAGAAGCAAGGAGGUUAUUGUACAGUUUGCUGAACAGGGUCUGAACGCGGCGCUGUUCUACGACAACCCGGACCCGCGGUCGUAUGUGUCUCUGGUGCCGACGUCUGCGGUAACGGGUGAAGGUAUGGGCAACCUGCUCGCCAUGAUCGUACAAGCUUGUGAAGGACCGCUGCAUAAGAGGCUGGUGUUCUCACAUCAGCUUCUAGCCACCGUCUUAGAGGUGAAAGCCAUUCCUGGUCUUGGUACGACUAUCGAUACGAUUCUGAUCAAUGGUACGCUGCAUGAGGGUGACACCAUUAUCCUAGCUGGUACAGACGGACCCAUAGUCACUCAGAUCCGUUCUCUGUUGAUGCCUCAGCCUAUGAAGGAGUUGAGGGUUAAGAACGCGUACAUGGAGCACAAGGAGGUGGUGGGUGCGCAAGGGGUGAAGAUUGCCGCCAAGGAGCUGGAGAAGGCGAUCGCAGGACUCAACCUUCUCGUCGCACAGAAACCUGAUGAAGUUGAUGUCUUGAAGGAGGAGGUGGCCCGCGAGCUGAAGUCUGCGCUGUCGUCCAUCAAGCUGUCGGAGCGCGGUGUGUAUGUGCAGGCCUCCACGCUGGGCUCGCUCGAGGCUCUGCUGGAGUUCCUCAGGACCAGCAAGAUACCGUACUCCGCGAUCAGGAUAGGUCCUGUGGUGAAGCGCGAUGUGAUGAAGGCGUCCGCUAUGUUGGAGCAUGACUCGCAGUAUGCCACCAUAUUGGCAUUCGAUGUUAAGAUUGAGCGCGAUGCUCAGGAGUUGGCAGACCAGUUGGGUGUGAAGAUCUUCGCUGCAGACAUCAUCUACCACCUGUUCGACAAGUUCACCGCAUACAGAGAGGAACUGAAGCAGAGGAAGCGCGAGGAGUUCAAGCACAUCGCUGUAUUCCCAUGUAAAAUUAAGGUGUUGCCACAAUUCGUGUUCAACUCCCGCGAUCCCAUAGUGAUGGGUGUCAUGGUUGAGGCGGGCAUUGUCAAGGAGGGCACACCUAUAUGUGUGCCAAGUAAAGAGUUCGUGGAGCUGGGACUGGUGACAUCAAUCGAGGUGAACCACAAGCAGGUGGAGUCAGCUCGUAAGGGACAAGAGGUGUGCAUCAAGAUAGAGCCAAUUCCCGGCGAGUCGCCAAAAAUGUUUGGACGUCACUUCGAUGAGACUGACAUGCUCGUCAGUAAGAUUUCGCGCGCUAGUAUCGACGCCUGCAAGGACUACUUCCGUGACGAUCUUAUCAAGACCGAUUGGCAGCUGAUGGUCGAGUUGAAGAAGCUCUUCCAAAUCCUCUAGAAACCUCUCCUCUGGUCUCCAAUGAGACACAAUGCUCUCGUCCUUUACGUCGUAGAUGCGAACCUUUUCGCUAUAAAUAUCGUCCCCCCGUGUCUGAUCCAUCUAACAGUCGCACGGAAUCUCAUCCUAGCGCAGAUUUUUUUAUGAAAAAGUUGGAUUUUUACAAAAAAAAAAUAAUCCUUUGUCUCAGUCAUAUUCGCCAUAUGUUUUAUAUGUUGUAACUUGUCGAUAAAUUUGCAAUACAUUGUAUAUAGACCAUUUAUACAUUAUUUAUUUUGGUCCAAACCAACAGACAACCUUUUGGUAUCUUCCGAGACUGUGAGCCCCGAGCCGCUUAGAAUCUUUUUAAUAUAUUUAUUUGUAAAUAUUCGAGAAUUUUAGAUAAAUUAUUGCAUAUGAAGUUAUAAAGACCGUUGUCAUUGGAGCGUAUUCUUUUAGUGCAAUAUACGAUCUCAUUGGUACGCUCAGUAUUGUUUAUACGCGGUGUUUAAAAUCGAUUUUACUUCAUCGAUAUAUUUUCUUUUACUCGAUGUAAGAUAUCGAUAACUAUAUUACAUCAUGAUUCUUAUUUUCUAUACAUAAAACAAUGGAAACAAACCUUUAGGCGGACUGAGAAACAAAUAAAAAUGAUCCUUAUAGUCGACUUAAUCAUCGACAAGAUUUUGAUAUGUCAAAUAACCAACAUUAAAAUAUGUAUCGACGUGGUCUAUGGUCUAUGUAACUUAUUGUUCAUAGAGUUUACACUGUUAAAAAACCUGUAUUAAAACAUAUAAUUCCCGUUUUUCCUAAGAGAAAUGGAUACUGAAGGCAAUAAUUCUUUAUUUGUUUUAUAAUUUUCUUAUUAAGAUGAGCUAUCACGAAUGUUCCUAGAGCUAAUAUAACGAGAUUGGAGUCAAAAGAAGAUACAGAAGGUUGUAUUUUGUGUAGGUAUUUAUCCAUUUUUUUUUUAAAUGAUUUGUACUAUACAGAUGGAAUCGGACAUAUUCUUAUAUUGAAGAAGUUUU